AAAACAUCACACAUAUUAUUGCCACAAUGGUAAUAUAACAUCUGUGUUGUUUUUAGUUCAGCCCAGUGUAAGAAUCAAGUCCAAGACUCCGCUUUCUGGUCAACAUCUUGCCAUGUUGGUCUGCAGCGUCUACGACUUCUUUCCCAAUAAGAUCAAAGUGAGCUGGCUCAGAGGUUGUCAGGAAGUCAACUCUGAUGUCACUUCCACUGAAGUGAUGCCAAAUGGUGAAUGGUACUACCAGACCCACUCCCACCUGGAGUACAAACCCAGGUCUGGGGAGAAGAUCUCCUGUGUGGUGGAGCACGCCAGCCUGAGUGAACCUCUGAUCACUGACUGGGAGCCAUCCUCGGAAAAAUCAACAUCUGAAUCAACGACACUGACUGCCACCGGAGCCUCCAUACUGACCCUGGGUCUGAUCUUAGUUCUGGUUGGAUAUAUUUUCUACAGGUGGAAAGCCCGAGGUCAGACCAGGACUCACACUCACAGACCAGUUAACAGCACUUCAUAUCAGUCUUGUUAG